AUACGUGUGUGUGUGUAUGUGUGUAUAAUUUUUUUUUUUUUUUUUUUUUAAGUGACGUAAAUGCACAGCAUCCCAGUGGAAAUAAUUGGUGGUCAGUAGCAUUUAGCACGGGCUUCCCAGAAAUGCACUGUCUCUGUGAAUGCAUUAUUAACGGAACCAGAGCCCCGUAAAGUUUCACAGGAAAACACAUGUUUGAGGGCAGUCAUCUUUAUACUUUGUUAGCUACUUUGUAUCCAUUUGAGAUACGUUUUUAUAUUUUCAGCAGCAAAGAUUAAAAAAAACAAAAAAAAAACUUAUUGUUGUAAGCUAGAUUUUUAGACAAUGUUUGAUUUGACAUAUUAUUUUCUGGCCUUACUCAGAGAUCACUUGACAUUUUUUGGAGCAUCCUCUGAGCCUUAACUCUUCUUAGUUUUUACUGGAUUGAACAAGGAUGAGACGUGGAUUUUCUCGAUCAUUCCGUGUCUUUUACAUCACUAUUCAUGAUAUGAUGUAUAUGUAGCACAGUAUCCAUGUACUGCAGCACAUUGGAUUUUGAUCGAAACUGUGACCGAGGUUAAGCUGCCGACUGCUUUAUUUUAAGGAUGUUUUCAUCUGUGGCAUUUUAUUCAUAGGCAUCAAAUUGGAGAGACAAAAGACGAAUUAGACUUAAUUAACAAACACCCUUAAAGCAGAAAGUCUGCUCUAUAACCUCGUAGUUAUAAUUAAAUUUCAAACCCAGUGUGCUGGAGGACAGCCAAAACACAGGAGAAGUGUCUCACUGCCCUCCUUGCAAACUGCAAUGUACGUUCAUGUAUGCUGUGGCGUGUACUGUACAUAUCCACGCUAACGCUCCUUCUGGGUCAUCACUAUUCAUGUCAAAUCACUGCUCACAAGAUUUACUCUUUGUAACAAUUCAGUAAUCCAACAGCGAGUUAAAUGAAGCCUUUACGUUGGUCUCUUGGUUAAGCGUCAUAGAUUGUCAGCUCAUGUUAAAGUACUUAUAAGCAAAUUACCAGGAAGAUUGUCACUGUUUUUAUCGCUGCUGUCCUUUUUUUAAAUUUUUUAUCAGGACAAGACCAUCUUCUGCCAGAGGCAGAGGAGAUUGCUAUGAUAAGUGCUCAGCUGGCUGCUAGGUUCCUCUUCAGCACAGGUUUUCACACCAAGAAAGUAGUACGGGGUCCCGCCAGCGACUGGUAUGACGCCCUCUGCAUCCUGCUGAGACACAGUAAGAAUGUACGCUAUUGGUUUGCACACAAAGUCCUGUUUGCUUACCCCAACCGGUUCUCGGAGUACCUGCUCGAGUGCCCGAGCGCCGAGGUCCGCGGCGCGUUUGCCAAGCUCAUAGUCUUCAUCGCUCACUUCUCGCUGCAAGACGGCCCGUGCCCCUCCCCCACUGCCUCGCCCGGACCCUCCACUCAGGGCGGUGAUAACCUCAGUUUAAGUGACCACCUGUUGAGAGCCGUACUCAACCUGCUCAGAAGAGAGGUGUCUGAACACGGCCGUCACCUGCAGCAGUACUUCAACCUCUUUGUCAUGUAUGCCAAUCUGGGACUGGCAGAAAAGACCCAGCUGUUGAAGCUGAACGUUCCUGCUACUUUCAUGUUGGUCGCUCUGGACGAGGGUCCCGGCCCUCCCAUUAAGUAUCAGUACGCUGAGCUGGGCAAGCUCUACACUGUGGUCUCCCAGCUGGUCCGUUGCUGUGACGUCUCCUCACGCAUGCAGUCCUCCAUCAAUGGUAACCCUCCUCUCCCCAACCCGUAUGGUGACACCAUCUUGACGGCCCCGGUGAUGCCGGUGCAGCAGCUGGUGGCGGAGAUCUUGUUCGUGAGGACCAGCUACGUGAAGAAGAUCAUCGAGGACUGCAGCAACUCCGAGGAGACGGUGAAGCUGCUCCGCUUCAGCUGCUGGGAGAACCCUCAGUUCUCCUCUACCGUGCUCAGUGAGCUGCUCUGGCAGGUGGCGUACUCCUACACCUAUGAGCUGAGGCCUUACCUGGACUUGCUGCUACAGAUCCUGCUCAUCGAGGACUCCUGGCAGACGCACAGGAUCCACAAUGUGCUGAAGGGCAUUCCUGAUGACAGAGAUGGGCUCUUUGACACCAUCCAGCGCUCCAAGAACCACUACCAGAAACGGGCCUACCAGUGCAUCAAGUGCAUGGUGGCCCUCUUUAGCAACUGCUCCGUGGCUUACCAGAUCCUCCAGAGCAACGGUGACCUGAAACGGAAGUGGACGUGGGCGGUUGAGUGGUUAGGGGACGAGCUGGAGAGGAGGCCGUACACGGGGAACCCCCAGUACACUUACAACAACUGGUCCCCUCCAGUCCAGAGCAACGAGACCUCCAACGGCUAUUUCCUGGAGCGUUCGCACAGCGCACGUAUGACACUCGCCAAGGCCUGUGAACUUUGUCCCGAGGAGCUCAAGUGUACUCAGGGAAGCCCAGGGAAGGUCAGUAUUUCCAGGCACCACAACAUAAAAGGAAGGAAAUGAAAACAAAUCUUUAUUUUUUAAAUUUUUUUUAUUAAAGAAUCAGCAGAGAAACGAUGAACAGUUGGCCAAUGUUUAGAUCACCAACACAGUGAACACUUUGUUUAGUUUCCUGUAGCUUAACCAGUCGUCAGUGGCAGAGGCUAGAAGCAUUGUCAUGUUGAGUCCUCGUAGAUUUUCCCAUUUUGUCGACUUUGCUCCAUUUUCUUUUUGUACCCUUUCGAUAUGCACUUAUGUGAUACAAGUGUUACAUAAAUACAGGAGAUUCGAGUAAGGCUAUACAAACUGCCAGAUUGAAAAUGACUUGCACUUUGAGUCGUCAACAGUUUUAUUCACAGUAUAUACCUUAGACUUGUAUUAUUGUUGUUCUGUUAACUUCUCAAAUGAUGUACACGUACACGAGCAACACAGAUUGUGACCAAAGAUAAAUAACAAACAAAAUUGCCCCCCCCAUCCCGACGUCCACCCAUACAGUAAAGAGGAGGAGGACUGCUGCCUGUGAGACCACUUUGUUCUCCUGCUGGUCCUGUUGCUCAGACCCAGUGAUUCGCCAAACCCACAUCACUGACAUAGCUCAAUCUAGCCUCUUUUUAUUUAUUUAUUUUUUGCCCAAUAUUUGCUUCCUCCCCAACUCAAACUGUGAUGCCACCUGCAUCUGACAGAAAGCUCUUAGCCUCAUCAAUACUUCAGUGAUCAUUAGUAAACGAUAUUUAAGCUGUGAGGUCACAGCUGUACUGUGCUUUAAGCCAGAUUCUGUUCUCCAUUAUGCCAUCGUAUCUAACUUGUUAGUUAGUUGGGAGAGCCACUCCUUUAGAAAAAUAGGACACAAUUUGACAAAACAACCUCUUAACACAAGGUUGUCAAUCUUUUUUUUAUUUAGUUUUUUUUAUUUAAAUUAAAUCAGAUUCUUAAAAUAUUGUUAAAAAUCUCAAAGUUAGUAGAAAUGUCCAGUGUU